AGUGGCUGAGGACGGCGAGUCCACCGGGCCGGCGGCUUCAUUCCCCAGUGCGCAGACGGGACGAGGAGAGCGACUCAACCGCUCACCACCUCUCCUCCUGCUCCACCUCCUCCUCCCCCCUCCCCCCAUCACAAAAACAUCCUAAAGUGAACAUGGUGAGGUGCACGCGACGGCGCAGCGAGCUGAGAGCCGUGGAGCUUCCGUCGGGAGUCUGACGCGCCGGCGACGUUUUCGGAGAACCGUCCGACUUUUGUUCCUCCGGCGACGGUUUUUUUCCGUCUCCAAAUGUUCCGCAAUGGACCGGAUCGGCACUUUCACGAAGACCGUGCAAGUGCUGCUCGACGCGGCGAAUUACCUGGAAAAUGUGGAGAAGAGCUACGGAAAGUGUGAGCAUGGUUAUGCUUCCACAUACCCAGAAACCCAGACUGCACCACAGCUGAAACAGCGUAAAUCCAAGAACAGGAAAUCGGACAAUAUUCAUAAUAGGUCAGCACACAAUGAACUGGAAAAAAAUAGACGAGCACAUCUCCGCCUGUGCUUGGAGAGGUUGAAGUCCCUCAUCCCUCUGGGGCCGGACUGCAGUCGGCACACCACACUGGGACUGCUGAACAAGGCCAAAGCACAUAUCAAGAAACUUGAAGAGCUGGACCGGAGGAGCCUCCACCAGCUGGAGACCUUGGAGAGGGAACAGCGGCACCUGCAGAGGCAGCUCUCCCAGCUGCAGACCCAUGGAGACAGGGAGAGGGUCUGCACGGACAGCCAGGGGUCCCACGUGGACUCGGGGUCGGACAGAGAGGAGAUUGAAAUUGACGUAGAAAGCACUGAGUUCUCCCACGGAGAGAUGGACAGCGUGAGCACCAGCGGUACGAGUGACCUGGAUGACCUCAGCAGCCAGCAGAGCUCGGCCAGUGACGAGGGCUACUCCACCUGCAGCGUGAAACUGGCCUUCUCCGCCUGAAGCACCAGCCGCCACGUUCCUCUGCGGCCCUCAGCAGUACCGGCCGGCCGCUCCAUUCUCCCUCUGCAAGUUUAUGUUAACGGGGCCUUUGUAGGAACAGGCAGGCAGCCCCCCCCCCCCCCCCCCCCUCCUUCUCCCUCCCCCCGAGAACCAGCCUUAACUUCAUCACUCCUUCCAGAAGCAGCCUCAAAUUGAACUUCUCUGGCAACAUACAGUUUUGUCCUUUCUCACCUGAAAGUCCCUUAAGCCCAUUACCAGCUUGAAUCAGCCCUAGCUGCACUCGCCAGUGACCCCAGAGGAGCCACGCACCAGUGUCCAACACUGACACCAGCAAAUACACUAAAAACCCAAUACCAGCUAGAAGCUCUCCAUGGUGGCUGUUUGCUCCAUUGGCCUUGUAAUAACAUUGGCCCCCUUUUUUUUGUCUGGAUAAUAUGUCCAGAUGGCACUUGUUGACAGUGUACAAAGCCAGUGACAAGGGCUGCAAUGUCUGUGAUUCCGAAAUGUUCAUUACACUCCUAGACCCUCGGCUUUAAGACUGACACACGUCACCAAUCCAAGUCACUGAAAAUAGUCGUAUCCCAAACAGGUGGCGCAGUCCAACCUUGUUAUUCUAAUUUAUUUUGUGUAUGAUUAUAGUAUUUAUUUUUGGUCUAAUUCAUUUUAAUGUAGCCAAGUAUUUCGUCAUGCUUGAAAAAAAACACUUAAGUUUUCUUCAUAAUCUUCUAAAGAAAUAGUUUACCAAAUUACUUGACAUGAAAUUUACCCAAAUGGUGCAUUUGCAGCGCCGAAAGUUUGAAAGCAUUACGUCAGAUUUUGUUGAAAGAAUGAAAUCUCUUUCAUUUCUUGCUGUGCACAAAUUCAAUUUGAUUUAGACAGUAUGAGCUGUCGCGCACAGGCUGGAAGCAAUAAAGCUUCUGCUUCUAUCACAGCUGUAGCGUUGGCUCUUUCCACACUAUUCCGACACCAAAUUGCAGUUUGUUUCCCACUUGCCCCGGUAGUCACAUACCAAUACUCAGUAGGCAAAAUGAUUGUAAUUGAUUUAAAAAGAAUAAGCUACCGUAUUUAUCCUUUUGUAUGGAUAGACAAAUCUUAAGGUCGGGAGCACUACAGAAAAUUUUGAUUUAUACUUGCAAUGUUUAAUACUGUAGUGUUUAUGCAGUGUAGCAUACAAACAACUACCCAUUAACAAUUAUAUGUAUUUUGGACUGCUGACCUUUUAGAAUCAAUGAAACCAAAUAAGACAUUUGUAAUACGAGACUGGUCCAAGUCCUAAGAUCACCACCAAAUUGUGUCUUAACAUGAGCGUAUGACUCUUGCACAAAGUUCCUUGUUACCCCCCCCCACUCCCCGAAUCUAUAAAAUGCACUAUGAAAAAGACUUGUUAAGGAAGUAUGUCAAAGCACACCCCCAGAAAGUUUCUCUUGUGCUAAUUCAGCCCGCCAAGGUGACUUUUUUUUUUGCAAAACAUGCUGCUGGUCCCCUGCUAGUAUCCAUGUACACUUCCUGAUAACUGCCCCAACAAUCCUAAUAAACCUCUACCGCCCAGA